ACAUAGUUGUUUGUUGGAUCUUCUAAUUUAUUGGAAAAAAUGGAAAUAACAUACAAUAAUCUUACUGAAAAAUUCAAUUCAAAGCAACGUGUCAUAGUAUGGGAGACAAAAAUUUCCGUUUAGAAGAAUCUUCUAAAAAAUUGCGGUUAUUUGAAUUCAUGUGAUACAGGGCUUACUUAAAUAUUUACUUACUGGACAUCGUAUUAUAAACAAUAUCAGCUGUGUGAACUAUUUGUUCGGAUAUUUAAAGUAAAUAAACCAUGAAUAUUUCAACGAAAGAUUGUAUGAGAUUUUUCAGCACACAAAAUUAUUUAGCUAAACAAAUACCACGUAAUCUAAAGGGAAAGAGUAAGAGUUCCCAAGAAUGGCUGACACGACAACUAGCCGACCCUUAUGUGGAGAAAGCUAAAAUGAUGAAUCUUCGUUGCCGUAGUGCAUUCAAGCUCAUAGAAAUUGAUAAUAGAUUUAAAAUACUUAAACCAGGCGAUACUGUGCUUGAUUGCGGAGCGGCACCCGGCAGUUGGACGCAAGUAGCGGUCGAUCGUACGAACGCCAAUGGCACCAAAGAGGCUAAUAAUAAAGGUGCAGUUUUUAGCAUUGAUUUGUUACAUUUCCAUGCCGUGCCGGGUGCUAUUAUUUUCGGAGGCAUGGAUUUCACAACAGCCAUUGCACAACAGCGUCUUCGAGAGGUAUUAGCCGGCCGGCAAGUGAAUUGUGUGCUCUCAGAUAUGGCACCCAAUGCAACGGGAGUACGAAUGUUAGAUCAAGAGAAUAUUAUGAGCUUAUGCUAUUCGGUGCUGCGAUUUGCAUUGGCAAUGUCUGCUAUAAAUGCACAUUUAGUAGUCAAAUUGUGGGCGAAUGGUGAUGUAUCCAAACUGGAAAAAGACCUGAGACGAUUUUACGAGCACGUUAAACGUGUAAAACCAGAAUCAAGUCGAUCAGAUUCUGCCGAGCUAUUUUUAGUGGCACGUCAAUAUAAGGGAAUGAAAGCAUCAAAGGAGUUGACAGCGAGCGAAAACAGUUGAAUUUUGGUUAUCCCUCCUUUAUUAAUAUUUAAUUUUUUUUGUUAACAAUUUCAAUUCUUUGGAUGAAUAAAAUCCUACAUUAUUUAUAUAAUA